CCUACAUGCCCGGCUUAUAUGUCGAGAGGAACUUCUCUUCACACCGGACCGCCAGUGCAACUCCGAAUGACCCACACAAUCUGCUACAGAGAGAGUUGAAGUCCGAGGUUUCAUCCACCCGGUUCAGCUCCGGCUCUCGGUCACUCACUCCACGCUCACUCGACCCGCCAGAAAAAAACGCCGCCGGCCACUCUCCACCAUACCGCCCCUCCCCUCACGUAGACGCGCACCCGCCUACGUCAUCACGGCCGUCCAGGGUUUCUUGGUGA